AUGACUGUGACACGAGAGGAGGUUUGCGAGGCGCUGGGAUUGGAUCCUACAGUGAAACCGGCACCGAAGUACUACGAUGAGUACAUUCGACGGUACAAACCAGAGAAGGUUUUCUGGCUGGAUCUGUCGCAAACGAUGAAGCUGAACUUCAGCUUCUGCGCACGUAAUGCUGCGGGUGAAGGUGAAUCGUUCAGGUGGUGGACACCGUUGACUGCGCAAUUCAAUCACGUGGGACUUCUACAUCUAUUUGUGUGCUAUACCAGUCUCAGGGCGUUCGCCCCAGUGCUGGUUCAUCUAUACGGAAACCGUGUGACAGGAACGAUAUUUGUGGCAGGCGGGAUCAUGGCACAGGCAUUUGUGGCCCUCUUUGAAAAAUCUGUGAACCCAUUCUUGGCGAUGCCGCAAGAAAAGAUAUUAAAUAAGGUUAAAUCCGGGCUCACGAAGGACGAGGAAAGCCAGUUGCGACGGGCAAUAUCAUUCGCAAUGGGUAGCAGCACUUCUCUGAUGGCAAUGGGCACCAUCUGCGCAAUCGUAUGGCCGGCAAUGGAAUUGAACCUGAUGUUCAUUCCUAUCGGUAUCCCGAUUAGAGCGGCCUUGGGCGCCUUUAUGGCGUUCGACAUCGGCGGAAUGUUUUAUGAUUACGGGAUCCCGAUUGGUCAUUCAGGUCAUAUAGGCGGCGCUAUUGCUGGUGUUAUUAUGUAUGCGCUGUGGAUCAGGAAACUGCCGAAUGCCUUUCAGCGUCGCAUUGCCCAGGCGAUGAAUGAGAGAGGAAUUAAGUUACGGUAA